AUGAAACCCGGGAAGGUGGCGCUGGUGCUGGCGCUGGUGCUGGCGCUGGUGCUGGCUGGACGCUACCUAGGAUGCAAAGCCGUGAUCAUGAAGAACAUUGAUGAUGGCACCUCAGACCAUCCCUACAGCCAUGCUCUGGUAUCUGGAAUUGACCACUAUCCUGCAGUGACAGCUGCCAUGGGCAAGAAGAAAAUUGCCAACAGGUCAAAGAUCAAAUCUUUCAUGAAGGUUUGUAACUACAAUCUCAUGUCCACAAGGUACUCUGUGGAUAUUCCCUUGGACAAAACUGUGGUCAACAAGGAUGUCUUCAGAGAUCCUACUCUUAAAUGCAAGGCCCAGUGGGAGGCAAAGGUUGAGUUCGAACAGAGGUAAAAGACAAGCAAGAACAAGUGGUUCUUCCAGAAGCUGUGGUUUUAG